GUUGGGUUAAAUUUGAUAAUUUCGCUUCAAAACCGAAACAAUGAAGACGUUUGUUAUUUUAACCGUAUUAUUUUCUUAUUUAAUUAAUUCAUCAUCAUCUCAACUCCUUGGUGAGCAACAAAUGUCCUCAGCUCAUUAUUUGUGUGCUUUAAGUUCUGACGCAGCGGUUCUGAAUGAAAUUACGAAAGCUUUGGAGGGGAAACCGAUUGAAUCGACUAACUUUCGCCAAUAUCUAACGUGUUUCUUCCAAAAAAUGAAUUUCUCCGACAUCAACAACCAGUUAAAAAUGGACCAAAUGAAACGUUUCGUCCCCGAAGACCAUGAAAAAAAGAUUACCAUCGACCGUAUUAUUAAUCAUUGCGAUUAUAUCACAUCAUCCGGGUUCAAUUCGACGGCUGCUAAUUUUUUUAAAUGUUUUAGAGCUAAUAGUGAUUCGGUUAUUAAUUGGUACGAAUUUUUAAAUAAGGUUAAAAAUCAUCUUAAUCUUAAUUGAUUGAUUAUUAAAAUGUUAUGAUCAAGAUUGUAA